UUCUCCCCUUGGCUGAUCCGUCAGACGGAAGAGAGAGAGAGAUAGAGAGAGAGAGAGGAGGAGGAGGAGGAGGAGCGGACGACGACAAUCGACAAUUGCGUUGUAGUACUGAGGAGGAAUGGCUACCUACGAUCCAGAGUUGGUAGCCAACGUCCUCGCCAGAGUCGCCCUUGCGGGUGACGGCGCCGUUCUCGGCCUCACUGUCGCCGUUGUUGCCGUCCGCACGUGGCUUAAGUUCCGCCACAACUCCGCUGCCCUCAAAGCCAUCCGUCAUGCCCCUUCCGUCCGCAUCUCCGACCUCCGCUCCCUCCUGUGCGACGCCGAUUCUCCGGAUUCUGCCGACGCAAAGCUUGUGGUUGUGAGAGGCCUGGUGCAGGCGAAGUCGUUGGUGGAGGACGAGACCAAUGGUUUCAAGGAAAGCCUCCUCGUCUCGCCGGACUCCGGCGCGAGGGGCGUCAUCAUUCAAAAGACCCAGACGUGCUUAUACAAUGAGUGGAGAGGCAUGUUUGGAUGGACUUCUGAUUGGCGUGCUUUGUUUGGAAGACCUAUGAAAGAGCAAGUUGUAACAUCUUUCAGAGGGGUUCCUUUUGUUAUUAUGGAGGAUGUCCAAUGGCUUCCAUCUAGCUAUGUGGAUGUUAAAUUGGAGGGUUCAGGACAUCCGCUUCCCCUUGUGACUGUUUAUCAUCAGAUGCACCCUGUUCAAGUUUCUCCAUACACAGUUUUCCAGUGUGUCUUUGGACAUGGAUAUCCUAUCGGGCUACUAGAUGAAGAAAAGAUCCUUCCACCUGGAAGGGUGAUUACGGCAGUUGGUUUAUGUAGCUUGCAGAAUGGGGUUCCGGAAAUCAAGCCUUGCAAACAGCUUCCCUGUUUCUUAUCUGAACUGACAAAGGAUCAGUUAGUGGCAAAGCUUGCCAAAAGUACUAAAGUUCUGUUCUGGGGUGGCAUGUUGUUGAGCACCUUAUCAGUUGGCAUCUUAGCUUAUGCAAUCAUUAGAAACUGGAGCAGGUUGAAAGAGUGGAGAUUUUGGAGGCAUCCCUAUCAAGAACAAAGCAAUCCUCAUGCUGAUGUCCGUACAGAUGAUGUCUCCGAAGAUGUUCCAGAUGGCGAAUUAUGUAUCAUCUGCCUCAUGAGACGAAGAAGAACUGCAUUUAUCCCCUGUGGGCAUUUGGUUUGCUGCCCACAGUGUGCUGCUCUGGUAGAGCGUGAAUCAAGUCCAAAAUGCCCUGUUUGCAGACAAUCUAUUAGGGCCUCAAUUCGGAUAUAUGAUUCUUGAGUUGUUUUGAGUACUUAAUUAUUAUGUUUCAGCAGUCGUUACGCUAGCCAGGAUAAAUCCUCAUCCCUGUAAAUUUUCUCUUGUAGGCGUCCUUAACUAGAGAAGUACACCUGUUCUAAUCCCGAACAUUGUUCACAUUUUCUUCCAUUGAUGGAGUUACUGAUAAAUCUCUUGCUUUUC